AUGUCUGAAACAAUUAAAUUGGAUAUUGAUCAUAAAAAUCAUAUUGGUACAAUAACAUUAAACGAUCCAAAUCAUUUAAAUUCAUUAUCCUUUGAAGAUUUUAUUCAAAUAGGGGAAUAUUUAAACAAAUUAAAUUUGGAUAAUGACCUCUAUAUAACAGUUUUGCAAAGUAGUGGCAAUAGAAUAUUUAGUAGUGGUGGCAAGUUUGAAUCAGUAAUGGAACUUAAAAAUAUUGAUAACACAAAUCAAAUGAAUAGAAUUAGACAAUAUAUUGGUAAUGUCUCUACUCCAACUAUUCAUAUGUUAAACACUUUUAGUUCUCAUAACAAACCGAUCAUUUGUAAUUUGAAUGGACCAGCCAUUGGAUUAAGUGCUUGUUUGGUGUUAUUAUGUGAUCUUAUUAACGUGCACUUACCUAUAGGAUCAGAAGAACAAGGGGAAGAGAGGAAACCUUAUUUAUUAUUUCCUUUCAGUUCACUAGGGUUUGUGGCGGAAGCUGGAAGUUCUAUUAUGUUAUAUAAUAAAUUAAGCAUAAAUAUAGCAAAUGAACAUUUAAUCUUUUCGCUUCCAAUAAGGUAUAAUCAAAUGAAAAAUUUUGGUAUGAUCUGGAAAGAAUAUCAUUACAGAGACGAUUAUGAAAAUAAAAUAGACAAGAAUAACGAUUUGGACGCAACAGAUCAAUUUAAUAAACGCUGUAAAAAUGAUAUAAUAAAAAAUAUCAUAGAAAAUGAUCUAAAUCCAGAAGCCAUAACCGAAAUGAAAAGAAGAGUGAUAUACAAAAUGAAACAAAGAUUGAAAAAAGCAAUAACAGAAGAAAUUAUUAAUACCUUACCUUUAUGGUUGUCUGAUGAACCAAUUUCAAGAUUUGAACAGCUUUCAAACAAGCAACGUAGACAUAAAUUGUGA